AUUUCUGUCUUUGCUUUUCGCUCGCAAUUUCAGCACGCAAAUGGCGAGAUCCGACGAGAUGUCACGGCGAUACAUCAUUUCGUUUUCGUAGGUCGUCAAUGCCAUGUGUGAGCGAGUGCGCGAGCGAGUGUGUCUUGUCUUGUUUGCAAAAUCGGCAGUCAGUUCUUCUCUUGUUCUGUCUCUUUUCUUGGCUUUUCGGUAUGAGUCGGAAAUGUGUGCUCGAUUCAAUGGACUGAGGGAAAAUGCAUUGUCCACUGUGGGUGUUUUGAAUCCUGGAGUUGCUGAGUGAAUGAAUAAAAGUGUAUCAAGUAUAAUUUGAAAAUGGCUGACUAUUGGAAGUCAAAUGCUAAAAAAUACUGCGACUUCUGUAAAUGUUGGAUUGCGGAUAACAAACCUAGUGUAGAUUUUCAUGAGAAAGGUAAAAGGCACAAGGAAAAUGUUGCCCUUAAGCUUAAAAAUAUCUCUCGUCAAAGUGCCAAAGAUCAUAAGGAGAAGAAGAAAUUGGAUGAAGAUUUCAAAAAAAUGGAAAAGGCUGCAUUAGAAGCUUAUAUGAAAGAUGUAGAAAGGAAUGCUGACUACACGUCACAGCUUUUGAAUCAACAAUUAGAGGCUAACAAAAGCAAAGAGACAUGUCCACCAUCUGUUAAUGAUGAAAAGACAGAGAGAAAAGGAAAGAAAGUUAAUGAGAGUAAAGAAGAUACGGAACAAAAGUCAGACACCAAAAUCCUCAAAACUUGGCAUGAAGCAGUCUCUGAUGAAGGUUACACGUAUUAUUGGAACACUACAACCGGAGAAUCAGUCUGGGAGCCACCAGAAGAAGGCUUUACAAGUUUGGAUGAACAAAAAAAGUUGGAGAAAGAAGAAAUUCAAAAAGAAGCAAAAAAGAAAAUUGAAGAAGCUAGGCAAAAAGAAGAACAGGAGAAAAUGAAAGCUGAAGAAUACAGAGCUUUUAUAGAAAGGGAGAAAAUGAAAAAGAGGGCAAAAGUGGAGGAAAAAAUUGAAACAAAAAGUUCUAUCGUAAUGGGCCCAGCCCCAAGAGGCAAUCCUUAUGGAUCUUGGACAACUAUUAAACGAAGAGACUGCAAGUCAUGGGAAGCCGGGUGAAGACCAAGAAAGCACCAAAUAUUUUUAAAAGGAGAUAUACCUUUUAGUGAAGACGUCUCCUCUCCAGUGGAGAGAGAUUCUUCAAUUUAUAAAACCGUUGACCAUUGAGGGCAGAAAUGAUCUCGAUUCCUCUGUCUCCUUCAGUUUUAAACUGGACGGCUUAUUUAAGUCAGAUGUUGGAUCUUCGUUUCCGCAAGAACCUUCGGCUCCUCCAGGACCUCCGGCUCUUAUUGGACCGCCUGCUCCUGAAUAACUUAGUGUGAGCGAGGAAGGCCAAUCCCCAAGGCCAAUUACAAAGACGGGUCUGCAAAUUUAACACGUGCGGAUACUGCUGAAGAGCAAUACAGAAAAGUCUUAGAAGAAAAGUUAAAAAUUAAAGCAAAGUAAUACAAAGAGAAACUGAACAUAUUACAAAAAGUGCAGAAGCUCCAGAGAAAGCAGCUAAUCCUCAAGUAAAACAGCGG